UCCCGGUGGGAUUUGUGGAGGGUCAUGAAUCAGACCGAUGCUCCGCGGCCACUCAACUGGACCAUCCGGAAGCUGUGCCAUGCCGCCUUCCUCCCCUCCGUCAGACUUCUUAAGGCACAGAAAUCAUGGAUAGAAAGAGCAUUUUACAAGAGAGAAUGUGUUCAUAUCAUACCCAGCACCAAAGACCCCCAUAGGUGUUGCUGUGGGCGUCUAAUAGGUCAACAUGUUGGACUGACUCCAAGCAUCUCUGUUAUUCAGAAUGAGAAAAAUGAAAGCAGGCUUACCCGCAAUGACAUCCAGUCGGAGAAGUGGUCCAUCAGCAAGCACACGCAGCUCAGCCCGACGGACGCUUUUGGAACCAUUGAGUUCCAAGGAGGAGGCCACUCCAAUAAAGCCAUGUAUGUACGUGUGUCUUUUGACACAAAGCCUGACCUUCUUCUGCAUCUGAUGACCAAAGAGUAGCAGCUUGAGCUCCCUAAACUUCUCAUCUCUGUGCAUGGGGGCCUUCAGAAUUUUGAACUUCAGCCAAAACUCAAGCAAGUCUUUGGAAAAGGUCUCAUUAAGGCUGCUAUGACAACUGGAGCAUGGAUAUUCACUGGAGGAGUAAACACAGGAGUCAUUCGGCAUGUUGGAGAUGCACUGAAAGAUCAUGCCUCAAAAUCUCGAGGGAAGAUCUGCACCAUCGGUAUAGCUCCAUGGGGGAUUGUGGAAAAUCAAGAGGAUCUGAUUGGCAAAGAUGUGGUCCGACCAUACCAGACGAUGUCCAAUCCUAUGAGUAAGUUGACAGUGCUCAACAGUAUGCAUUCUCAUUUUAUUUUGGCUGACAAUGGCACUACUGGUAAAUAUGGAGCAGAGGUGAAACUUCGUAGACAGCUGGAAAAACAUAUUUCACUUCAGAAGAUAAAUACAAGAAUUGGUCAAGGGGUUCCAGUGGUGGCCCUCAUUGUGGAAGGAGGUCCUAAUGUUAUCUCCAUCGUUCUGGAGUACCUACGAGACACUCCUCCUGUUCCCGUUGUGAUAUGCGAUGGCAGUGGCCGGGCAUCCGACAUCCUUGCCUUUGGUCACAAAUACUCUGAAGAAGGAGGACUUAUCAAUGAGUCAUUGAGGGACCAGUUGCUAGUUACCAUACAGAAGACUUUCACAUACACCCGAACGCAGGCACAGCACCUCUUCAUUAUCCUCAUGGAGUGCAUGAAGAAGAAGGAGCUGAUCACAGUAUUUCGCAUGGGAUCAGAAGGACACCAGGAUAUUGAUUUAGCUAUCCUGACAGCAUUACUAAAAGGAGCUAACGCAUCUGCUCCCGAUCAGCUGAGCCUAGCAUUAGCCUGGAACAGAGUAGACAUCGCCCGCAGUCAGAUCUUUAUUUAUGGGCAACAGUGGCCGGUGGGCUCCCUUGAGCAAGCAAUGCUGGAUGCACUGGUGUUGGACAGAGUGGAUUUUGUGAAAUUACUCAUAGAAAAUGGAGUAAGCAUGCAUCGUUUUCUCACCAUCUCCCGACUAGAGGAAUUGUACAAUACGAGACAUGGACCAUCCAACACUCUGUAUCAUCUAGUCAGGGACGUCAAAAAGCGAGAAUAUCCAGGUUUCGGUUGGAUCUAUUUUAAGGGAAACUUACCUCCUGAUUAUCGGAUAAGUCUGAUUGAUAUUGGUUUGGUGAUAGAGUAUCUGAUGGGAGGAGCAUAUCGCUACAUAUUUCCUAUCUAUCUCAUGGCUCAUCUUCUUGAUUGUGACCUGAAGCCAGCAGCCCUGAAACUGUUGGGAAUGGAGGAUGAUGUCCCUUUGCGGCGAGGGAGGAAAACAACAAAAAAAAGAGAAGAAGAAGUUGAUAUUGAUUUGGAUGACCCUGAGAUCAAUCAUUUCCCCUUCCCAUUCCACGAGCUGAUGGUGUGGGCUGUGCUGAUGAAGCGUCAGAAGAUGGCCCUCUUCUUUUGGCAGCAUGGGGAAGAGGCUAUGGCUAAAGCACUGGUGGCCUGUAAACUCUGCAAAGCCAUGGCCCACGAAGCAUCAGAAAACGACAUGGUGGAUGACAUAUCCCAAGAGCUAAACCAUAAUUCCAGGGACUUCGGCCAGUUGGCAGUGGAGCUGUUGGACCAGUCGUACAAGCAGGAUGAGCAACUGGCAAUGAAACUGCUGACCUACGAGCUAAAGAACUGGAGCAACGCCACGUGCCUGCAGCUCGCAGUGGCAGCCAAGCACAGGGACUUCAUUGCUCACACUUGCAGCCAAAUGCUGCUCACAGACAUGUGGAUGGGUCGUCUCCGGAUGCGCAAAAAUUCUGGCCUAAAGGUAAUUCUAGGAAUUCUACUUCCUCCUUCAAUCCUCAGCUUGGAGUUCAAGAACAAAGAUGAUAUGCCUUACAUGUCCCAGGCCAACGAGAUCCAUCUUCAAGAGAAGGAGGCAGAGGAACCAGAGAAGCCAGUGAAAGAAAAAGAGGAGGAGGACAUGGAACUCACUGCAAUGCUGGGACGAGGGAAUGGAGAGUCCUCAAGAAAGAAAGAGGAAGAGGAAGUUCAGAGCAGGCACAGGCUGAUCCCUGUUGGAAGAAAGAUUUAUGAGUUCUACAAUGCUCCCAUCGUUAAAUUUUGGUUUUACACACUGGCAUAUAUAGGCUACUUGAUGUUGUUCAACUAUAUAGUGUUAGUGAAGAUGGAUCGCUGGCCAUCUACACAGGAAUGGAUUGUCAUCUCGUACAUUUUCACUCUGGGAAUAGAGAAGAUGAGAGAGAUAUUGAUGUCAGAGCCUGGAAAACUGUUACAGAAAGUAAAAGUUUGGCUCCAGGAGUACUGGAACGUUACUGAUCUUAUAGCUAUCCUCCUGUUCUCUGUUGGGAUGGUGCUCCGUCUGCAAGAUCUGCCACUCCGGAGUGAUGGCCGUGUGAUAUACUGUGUUAACAUCAUUUACUGGUAUAUACGGUUAUUAGACAUCUUCGGAGUAAACAAGUAUUUGGGACCAUAUGUUAUGAUGAUCGGGAAAAUGAUGAUAGACAUGAUGUACUUUGUCAUCAUCAUGUUGGUGGUUCUGAUGAGCUUCGGUGUCGCGAGACAGGCUAUUCUUUUCCCCAAUGAGGAGCCUUCAUGGAAGCUGGCGAAAAACAUUUUUUACAUGCCUUACUGGAUGAUCUAUGGGGAAGUGUUUGCAGACCAGAUAGACCGUAAGCAAGUUUAUGAUUCUCAUACUCCAAAGUCAGCUCCUUGUGGUCAAAAUGAAACCAGAGAAGAUGGCAAAAUAAUCCAGCUACCUCCCUGCAAGACAGGAGCAUGGAUCGUUCCUGCCAUCAUGGCCUGUUACCUCUUGGUUGCAAACAUCCUUUUGGUGAACCUCCUCAUUGCUGUUUUCAACAAUACAUUUUUUGAAGUCAAAUCCAUAUCCAACCAAGUAUGGAAGUUUCAAAGAUAUCAGCUAAUCAUGACAUUUCACGAAAGACCUGUUCUCCCACCACCUCUGAUCAUUUUCAGCCAUAUGACUAUGAUAUUCCAACACCUCUGCUGCAGAUGGCGGAAGCAUGAAAGCGACCCAGAUGAGAGAGACUAUGGAUUAAAACUUUUCAUAACUGAGGAUGAACUGAAAAAAGUCCAUGAUUUUGAAGAGCAGUGCAUAGAAGAAUAUUUUAGAGAAAAGGAUGACAGAUUUAAUUCCUCCAAUGAUGAAAGAAUCCGUGUCACUUCAGAAAGGGUAGAGAACAUGGCCAUGAGAUUGGAAGAAGUAAAUGAGCGAGAGCACUGCAUGAAGGCCUCUCUGCAGACCGUUGACAUCAGGCUUGCUCAACUGGAAGACAUGAUGGGACGAAUGGUGACUGCCUUAGAAAAACUGACCGGCAUAGAGAGAGGUGAGACAACCAAGAUACGAUCCAGGACCUCAUCUGACUGUACUGAUGCAGCCUACAUUGUGAGGCAGAGUAGCUUCAAUAGUCAGGAAGGAAAUACUUACAAGCUUCAAGAGAUCAUAGAUCCCACGGGAGAGGAGUCCAUGUCCCCAACAUCUCCUACGAUCACGCCCCGCAUGCGAAGCCACUCUUUCUAUGCAACAAAUAUGAAGGACAAAUGUGGAUUGGAAAAGUUUGAAAGCAUUUUUAAGGAAAGAUCUCCAAGCCUGCAACGGGCUAUCAGUUCCCACUCCAUAGCAAAAGAAGGAAAGGUUCCCUUAGCCCCUACCAGCACUUUGUCGAUUGCCCCAGACUCCAGAAGGCCUUCGUCUUGUAUAGACAUCUAUGUUUCUGCCAUGGAUGAAAUGCAUUCUGACACAGAGCCUCUUGACAGCUCCAUAAAUAUUCUUGGUACCGGAGAUGCAGCUCUGCAGGCCCACAUAGCCUCUUCCAUUUUAGCUAACAGUGCGUACAUUAGCAGUACACCUGGCGAAAAAAUUUCUGGCAGGAGUCUUGAUUAUGAGGAAACCUCUGGAAUAGAAACAAGAGCAUUUUCUUCAGACUAUUCACAAAUCACAGAUUGCCAAAUCCCCUGGGAUUCAGAUCCUCCCUUGUAUCACACUUUAGAGCGAUCUAAGAGCAGCCGUUAUCUGGCUACAACUCCGUUUAUUCUGGAGGAAACACCAAUUGUGAAAUCUCACAGUUUUAUGUUCUCUCCAUCUCGAAGCUACUUCAGCAGCCUUGGCAUCCCAGUCAAAACAGCUGAGUACACAAGUAUUACGGACUGCAUAGACACGAGGUGUGUGAGUGCUCCCCAGGCCAUUGCAGAGAGGGCCAGUUUCCCUGGAAGUCUUGGGGGCAAAGUGGAGGACUUGGGAUGCUGCCACCCAGAGAGAGAAGCUGAACUAAGCCACCCAAGCUCUGAUCAUGAGGAUAUUGAGGCCAAAGACAAGAAGGGGAUCCCCUUAUCUCCUCAAGAUGGCAAUGCUACAAGAACUCUGGCCAACAGUAUCCCACUUCCAAAAAUAGAGCGGGCCAACAGCUACUCUGCAGAGGAAUCCAACAUGUUGUAUGCACAGCACACACGGAAGAGCUACUCUAUCAGCGACAAACUUGACAGACAGCGAAACGCAACAGGCCUGCGAAACCCCUUCCAGAGGAGUAAGUCCUCGAGGCCAGAGAGCAGAGGGGACAACCUGUCCAUGAGGAGACUGUCAAGAACAGGAGCCUUCCGCAGCUUUGAAAGCAAGCACAGCUAG